ACACACCCCUUUAAACGCGUCACUCGCCAGGCUGGCUGGCUGGCUGGAUAGUGUUUGGCGGUGUGGUGUGUGCGGUCGGACUGUGGUUGUGUUUAAGGUCUGGUCGUGGUGAUAACGACACACUUUGGACGCAUUUCAUCGCGGAGAGAUGGGAAUUUUGAAGAAAUGUCUCUAAAAGAAAUUGCCCUAACACUGCUUGCCCUGUUCGGGUUAGUGGCAGUCGGUAAUGCUCUACGUUGUAACUGCACAAACUGUGAGAAGACCAGCUAUGAGUGUGAAACGGAUGGAGCCUGCAUGGCCUCCACAUACUUCAACCAGGGGAAGGAGCAACACGUACGCAUUUGCAUCGACCGGGACAACCUGGUCCCCCCUGGACAACCUUUCUACUGUCUGAGCGCGGAAGGCCUGCUCAACACACAUUGCUGCUAUGUAGAUUACUGUAAUAGUAUUGAAGUCCCUGUCCCAACAAAAGAGGGGGACUGGUCAGGCUCGGCGAGCUCCUGGGGGCCGGUGGAGUUGGUGGCAGUCAUCGCAGGGCCGGUGUUCCUUCUCUGUGUGCUGCUUAUGGUCGGCGUGUUCCUGUUCCAGUAUCACCAGAGGGCCUAUAGCCACAGGCAGAGGCUGGAGGUAGAGGACCCAUCAUGUGACCAUCUGUACUUGGCCAAGGACAAGACCCUGCAGGACCUCAUCUAUGACAUGUCCACCUCUGGAUCAGGCUCUGGCUUGCCCCUGUUUGUGCAGCGGACGGUGGCUAGGACCAUCGUGCUGCAGGAGAUAAUAGGAAAGGGUCGUUUUGGUGAGGUGUGGAGAGGGAAGUGGAGGGGAGGAGAUGUGGCGGUGAAGAUCUUCUCAUCCAGAGAGGAGCGCUCCUGGUUCAGAGAGGCUGAGAUCUACCAGACAAUCAUGCUGCGGCAUGAAAACAUCCUGGGAUUCAUUGCAGCAGACAAUAAAGACAAUGGUACAUGGACUCAGCUGUGGCUGGUGUCAGACUAUCAUGAGCACGGUUCUCUUUUUGACUACCUGAACCGCUACUCUGUCACCAUCGAGGGCAUGAUCAAACUGGCACUGUCAGCUGCCAGCGGCCUAGCACACCUACACAUGGAGAUCCUCGGCACUCAGGGUAAGCCUGGCAUUGCUCACCGUGACCUCAAGUCUAAAAAUAUCCUGGUUAAGAAGAACGGCAUGUGUGCCAUAGCUGACCUCGGCCUGGCAGUCCGCCACGAGUCAAUCACAGACACAAUCGAUAUAGCACCGAACCAGCGCGUGGGCACUAAGAGGUACAUGGCUCCCGAAGUCCUGGACGAAACCAUCAACAUGAAACACUUUGAUUCCUUCAAGUGUGCUGACAUCUACGCGCUGGGCCUGGUGUACUGGGAGAUUGCACGUCGCUGCAAUGCAGGAGGUAUCCACGAGGAGUACCAGCUGCCCUACUACGACCUCGUGCCCUCUGACCCCGCCAUAGAAGAGAUGAGGAAGGUGGUGUGUGACCAGAAACUGAGGCCCAAUGUGCCCAACUGGUGGCAGAGCUACGAGUCACUGCGUGUGAUGGGGAAGAUCAUGAGGGAGUGCUGGUAUGCCAAUGGAGCAGCCAGACUGACAGCACUGCGCAUCAAGAAGACCCUGUCUCAGCUCAGUGUGGAGGAGGACGUUAAGAUGUGAGCGGCGUGUGUGAGGCAUGCUGGAGACGCACAACCAGACCACACUCCCAUAGGAAACAAACACUAAAGACAGACUGCAAAUGAAAACCCUGCCAGUUUUAAAGCCACACUCCAAGUUGUGACGAGGCCUACCUCACCUUUUUAGCCAAAACUACUGAGAAUCGCCCUUCCCCUCUUGACUUUUCUCUCGCCCCGCCUCCCUUUCCUCGUGUCUCCUCCCUGUUCCCUUCGACCUCCCCUUCUUCAUGGGCUGCAACACUACAGCACUACCACUGUUAAUAUCAUCACACUCAACCUUUUUCUGUUUUCAUUUCCCAUGGCAGGAAUUAUUACUAUUGUACAGUGACAGGAUUUUUAUUUUUACCUCUCUGAAGUGUGUGUGUGUGUGUGUGUGUGUGUGUGUGUGUGUGUGUGUGUGUGUGUGUUGUUUCUAUCUCCUUAGACACAGAUGUCCUUUUGGUGUAGGCUGUAGCUUAUUAGACACAUCCAGUGAUCAGACAGUUGGUAAUUAAGCAUGAGCAGACAGAUUUAGCGUUUUAAUCCCUCACUUGAAUCAUUCAAACAGAAACGAGUUGCACUCAACUGUAGCUUCCUCAUCAUGUGUGACACCUGCAGGUAUCUCAUAACGGAUGUGGUCGAGUCCUGGUGUUAGUUUGAAAUGUGGCAGGGAUAUUGUUUGGGAUGGUUUUUACUUUUUAUUUAUUUGUCAAUAGUUUUUAUUUCAUAUUGAUGCAACACUGUGAGAUGAGAUGUGACAAACCAGAUUCUACUAUGAUAUGAAAAUUAAUGUUGUAGUUCAGUCCAAGUCGUCACCAUCUUUCAGAUGUUAGAUUAAGGGGUUGUUGCAUUCAUUCUAAAAAGAUACUGAGCGCAAAUGUGGAUGUAGCCGUAACCCCCACCCCCCACCCCCCAGGUGAUAGGUGAUGACAUUGGGCACACUUAGCAAAUAAGAGGCGUAUGAAAUGGCAAUGAAAAAUACUGUUGUUUUUUUUAAAUGUAUUUUUGUGUUUUGUGUAAAGACAAGACACUCAUGAUGGGUGUUUUCCUUUGACGUUGACAUUAGACACUACUGAUGAUGGGUACAUAUGGUUUGUUUAUAAAACAUGCAUUUUUUUUUUUCUCCUUUUAUGCCACAAGCAGCAGUGUGACAUCUGAACAGUGAUUUUGCUUGAAUGGUACUUUCAGAAGUCUGUUGUUUUGCUCUGUCUGCAUGGUAUCUAACUGUGCCAGGAAAUAGACUGUCAUUCUGCUGGCAUUUAGUUUUAACAUGCUCCUCUCCUGGCAAUUUGGUUGGUACUACUGAUCCCAGAUAAUUUUUGCUGCAACCUUUUUAAAUGUAUAAUUGUUGGAAUUGUUGAGUUCUUUUCAGAAUUCAGUAAUGCAGAUCUGUUUUACAUACUGUAUGUCCUCUGGGGUGACAUCUCUUUCUCAUUGACACUGGAAUAUUAAGGAGCAGCGGAGGACGGCUGCUGACCGUUCACACACAGGGAACUUAUGGUUAGAUGUGAAAAGUAGUCGAGACCUUUUACCUUCAAAGACUGACAUGCUGUAAAGUGAAACUGCACGUUUUCAUCCUACUUUGUCUGCAGCUUCGAGUCUGUCUGCAGACAAAUCUAUCAAAGUAUUACACUGACAUUUGUCACCGUUGGGCUCUGCACUGUUAUGUCCACAUAGACUUAAGUUAAUGUUAGUUAUGUCAUCACUUGAUCCAGAAUCCAUGUGUCAUGUUAGUAUCCAUUUUGCAUGCUGUCUCAAACACUGGGUCCUCUGCACUGAGGUAGAUGAACUUAAGACUUGCCUCUUCCUACCUGUUUUCUUUCUUCCUUUUUGUUCGGGGCGUUGGCUGUGUACCCCAGAAAUGUUGCUGCUACUGUUAACAUGGGUGGAAGUUCAGCGGCAGAUCGGAGAUGGAGAGCUGGGAGGGAAAAUAGGGAGAUGGCUGUCAGUUGAACCAAAAUUGUCAAAACACUCCUGUCCAUGUUUGGUUUGUUGCCAUGGGUAUAUGAGCAUAAAACAUCCUGUUCAUAAUUAAUACUUUGAGAUUUCAUUGUGCAAAUCUUUUCACAAUUAGUUGAAAAGUGUAUAUAGAUGACAUACAAUAAAUUCCUCUUUUUCUUAUGUAUCUUCAA